AUGGCAUCCUUCUGGAGAGAGGUCAUCCUCACUAGCUCCCCCGACAAGCCCAUCACAGCCCACGACCCUCUCACCGGCACCCUGCUUGCCCACUUCUCCGGCAGCCGCCCCCCUCGCAAAGGGCUCGCCCUCGCUGGCAACACCCUCAUUGCCGCCUCGCACAUUUCAGCCGCUGCUGCAGGCUUUAUUAGGCUCUACAACUGGUGGUCCUCCGCCGCUCUCCACUGCAUCCAAGCCCCCGAACCAGUAGCUCCCCUUGCUGCGACUCCAGACGGCUCCUACCUUUUCUCUGGGGGCCUCUCUGGCUGCAUCCAUGCCUUCUCUCUUCCCUCCGGUGAUCUGUGCCGCUCGUUUCGGGCACACCGCCAGGCUGUGUCGUGUCUCGUCAUCAACGACGAUGGCUCUCUACUAAUAUCGGGCGGUGAUGAUGGCACCAUAGCAAUAUUCCCAAUCCUUCGACUUCUAGAUGAUGCCUCCAAUGAAGAGGAUCCUGCCCAACUUGCAUUGAACCAAUUCUCUGCGCAUGGCUCGUCGGUGACAGGCAUCGCUGCAGGGCCAGGCGGAUGCAAUGCUACUGUAGUUUCAAGCUCGCUUGAUUGCACUUGUAAGCUUUGGAGCCUGGCAGAUGGUGUCAAGCUGCGAACUGUGCAAUUCCUGUGCGCAAUUUGGUGUGUUGCUGUGGAUCCUACUAGUUCUGAGUUCUAUGCUGGUGGAUCAGAUGGGAGGAUAUAUGUUGUACCACUAAGAGUAGGAGGAAGAAAGCUACGAGAUGCUGGAGCAGAGGUUACAGCAUGGGAAUCAGAGCGGAAUGGAGCAGUGAUGGCAGUGGCAAUGGCACACGGGCAUCAGAACUUGAUAUCAGCUUCCGAAGAUGGGAUCAUAAGGAUUUGGGAUGUAGAGAGCAGAUCGGUGGUUCGGAUUAUUGGACUUGCGGGGGGUGCCCUUAGCGAUCUUAUAGUGGUGAAAGGGAUCAAUGCGAUCAAUGGAGCUCGAAAGGGAGAUGAAGUCGUGUCCAAUGGGCGGUUUUGUGAGAGGGAGAUGGGUAGAAAUGUUAAUGAGCUGAGAGAUGUGGAUGAAUGCUUGAGUGUAGCAGUGAAGGACAGGAGUAGGGCCAUUGACAAGCUUGAGGCUGUGAUAGACAUCUACAAGAGGCUCUUGGGUCUCCUUCUCAAAGAAGCCAAGAGAGAAAAUGGUAAAGAGGAAGCCAACAAGACGGACUACUUUACGUAA